UUUGAAACAGGCCUAUAGUCUCUCGAUUCGAUAGAUCUUGUGAAUGAUCCACCGGCGAUUUGCCUAGUCGAUGCCAAACGAAAACGUGGAGAAAAUUGUUUGCGUACAACAACUCUUGUGAAUUGGCUUUUGUAAAGUGCUUCUCUUCUCAAACCGCCCGGGCCGUACACCGUAUGCCUCCCUCGACCACAGGCUUCCCGCGCCGCCGCUCGCCGCCGGUGGACGCCGACCUGCUGCCGCGCCUUCGCCUCGCCGCUGGCCAGAGUUCGCCAUGGCGCGUCCUCCUCCAGUCCCUGGCCCUCGUCGUCACCUCCGGCCUCUCCGCCUCGGCCUCCCACUCCCACCGCGGCCGCGCGCUCUCAUCCCGCCUCCUCAACUCCCUCCUCCCCCACGCCCCGCGCCGCCUCCUCCCCGCGCUCCUCCGCCUCCUCCCCGGAGACCACCUCACGCUUCUCCUCCUCGUCUCCUCGAAGCACCACUCGCACUCCCUGCCCGCCGCCUCCGCGCUCCACGCCCUCGCCGUCUCCUCCGGCCACCUCCCGUCCGACCUCCGCAUCGCCAACUCCCUCCUCUCGCUCUACCUCUCCCUCGGCUCCCCGGCGUCCGCUCGCCGCCUCCUCGCCGACAUCCCCCGCCCGGACGCUGUCACCUGGAACACGCUCCUCCGUGCCUGCCUCCGGCUUGGCCUCCUCCCUGCCGCCCGCCGCCUGUUCGACGAAAUGCCGGAGCGGGAUGUCGUCUCGUACAACUCCAUGGUGGCUGGGUAUGUGGCUGAGGGCGACUUGGCCGGUGCGAGGAAUCUGUUCGAUGGAAUGGCGCGGAGAGACGUGGUCACGUGGAACUCGAUGAUCUCGGGGUAUUCUCGGCACGGGGACAUGGAGAACGCCAGGAAGAUGUUUGAUGCGAUGCCGGAGAGGGAUGUCGUGUCAUGGAACUCAAUGCUGGAUGGAUAUGCCCAGGCUGGGGACGUAGAGAUGGCGAGGUUGGUGUUCGAUGGCAUGCCAAAGAGGAGCAUUGUGUCUUGGAAUGUCAUUCUUGCGUUGUAUGCAAAGCUGAGGGAUUGGCGUGAGUGCUUGGGGCUUUUUGAUGUGAUGAUAGCAGAAGGAAACACGGUACCAAAUGAAAAAACGUUUGUGAGUGUUCUGACAGCUUGUGCAAACCUUGGCGAUCUUGAGAAAGGGAGGUGGGUGCAUGAUUUGGUUCAGGAGAGGUGGGAUAGGCUUGUGCCAGAUGUUCUAUUGCUUACGACAUUGUUGACAAUGUAUGCCAAGUGUGGGGUGAUGGAGACUGCAAGGGAGAUCUUCAAUUCAAUGGGUGAAAAGAGUGUCCCCUCGUGGAAUUCAAUGAUCAUCGGGUAUGGGUUGCAUGGGCAAAGCGAAAAGGCUCUUGAGUUGUUCUUGGAGAUGGAGAGAGAUGGACCUAGGCCAAAUGAAACGACUUUCAUCUGUGUCUUGAGCUCAUGUGCUCAUGGUGGUUUGGUGCUUGAAGGUUGGUGGUGUUUUGACAGGAUGGUCAGGUUCUACAGUAUUGAGCCAAAGUCUGAGCAUUUUGGCUGUAUGAUGGACCUUCUUGGUCGCGCCGGACUGCUUGAACAAUCAGAGAAUCUCAUUGAGAAUUUGCAAGGUAAGGUGUCAGAAGCAUUGUGGGGCAUACUAAUGUCAGCCUCUCAAACUCAGAACAACAUCAAACUUGGAGAGUUUGUCGGAAAGAAAUUGAUCGAGAUGAGGCCAACAGAAGUCGGUCCAUACAUCCUUCUAUCAAACAUUUAUGCGGCAGAAGGAAGAUGGGAUGAUGUUGAGAAAGUAAGGAAGGUGAUGGAGGAGAAGGGGGUGGAGAAGGAUGCAGGGUUGAGCCUGGUAGGAUCAAGGGAAGGUGGUCAUUUCAUUAAUGAAAGUGGAGCUUCAGCUCCAAGGAAUGAUGUGAUGCUGUGCAUGCUGGGUGAGAUGAGUGUGCAUAUGAAGCAACCAUCUGAAGGGUCCAACUGCAGGAAAAGAAGCCCCUCUGCUCCUUGAAACUUGAACAUACAGGGCACAUUAUUUUGCUGUGUGACUGUCAAAGGAGAACACAAAGAUGGGAUGUUUAUGCCUCAUUAUCAUGGUAUCACCUACUAUUUCUUGGAUGAUUUCAGCGUCAACUCAACCUAGGAAUUCACAGAUAUUCUUGCUAGCUAACUGCAUGAGAAGUUUGCUUGGACCAUGGCUAUAUCACCUCUGAUUGUCUGUAGCCGGGAGGUGAAACAAGCAUCAAAAGUCAAAGAAGGUGCUCCAGGUAAUGGAGGAUCAAAGAAUGCACAAGUAUUAUUGUUACAAUAAUGGAUCAUUUGGCAAUCGCAAUAUUACAUCAGAGCCGUGGUGUUACAUCACAAAGUACAAUGCUGUCGUCAAGGUAGAAAAGAGAACUGGCUGGUGUCCAAUGACGCUGUCUGUUGCGAUCUGCAAGAGGUAUUUGGUCUUUGACUCAAUUGGUCACGACGCACGACAGAGGAAGCGCUAAUUUAAUUUGCUUCUGUGAGACAGUGAGAGUGGAAUUCUGACGUCGACCUGGAAUUUGGAUCUGAUUAGAAACAACAGGACAAGUGCGAAAGCAUAUUCCAAGGGACAUGCAGCUCUUGUGUUUAUUCGAAUACCAUUUGCUUGGGCAACAUUUGGGCACAUAAUACACACACCAUAUUUUUCUCCCUUGAAAAUGUGAGACGCAAAUUACUUGUAUGCCUAUGAAACUUUUUUAUUCGAUAUCUCUGAUGUCUCACCUACACAACGUGGAUCACAAGUCGCCGUAUCUUCUUUACUGGAAAAAGAAAAGAAAAAA